UGUUUAGUGUGAUCAUCACCCUUCAUUCUCAUGGCUUCGCUGUCACUCUCAUUCUCUCACUCUCUCACUCACUCUCACUCUCGCGCUUCGUUUCUUCACCCAAACCCCUCUCUCUCCUCCAGAGCUCACCAUUUUCCCCGCUUGCUCCACACUCUCACAAAACCACCCUCUUCCUCAAAUUUACGUUUAUUUGCUCAAGGGGGAAAUGGGUUCGUGCCAAAAUCCACUGAGGGUGUCUUGGAAGCGAAUUCGAACUCUCCCAUCUUGGCUAAGAAGUCCAACAAUCCGAUUGUUGUUAUUGACAACUAUGACAGCUUUACCUAUAACCUUUGCCAGUAUAUGGGGGAGUUGGGAUUUCACUUCGAGGUCUACCGGAAUGAUGAGUUGACUGUGGAGGAGUUAAAAAGGAAAAAUCCUAGAGGAGUGCUGAUAUCACCUGGGCCAGGUACACCUCAAGAUUCUGGUAUAUCUUUGCAAACGGUUUUGGAACUUGGGCCAGCUGUACCUUUGUUUGGUGUGUGCAUGGGUUUGCAGUGCAUUGGAGAGGCUUUUGGAGGGAAGAUUGUCCGUUCUCCUUUUGGUGUCAUGCAUGGAAAAAGUUCUUCGGUGUAUUAUGAUGAGAAAGGAGAAGAUGGAUUACUUGCUGGUUUACCAAAUCCUUUCACGGCUGGUAGAUAUCACAGCCUUGUAAUUGAAAAGGAGAGCUUUCCUGAUGAAGAACUUGAGGUAACAGCCUGGUCAGAGGAUGGUCUUAUAAUGGCUGCUCGCCACAAGAAAUAUAAGCAUCUCCAGGGGGUUCAGUUUCAUCCAGAGAGCAUUAUAACCACCGAAGGCAAGACAAUUGUCCAUAAUUUUGCCAAGCUUAUAGAAAAAUGGGAGGCCGGUGGUUCAUGAAACAGUAUUUCAUUAAUGCUGAACGCUACUUGCACCGUAGGACAUGAAGGAAAACGUUUAUUCCCUAAAAUGUACAAAUAAUUGCUCUUGUUAGCUACAUUUUAUCUUGUCUUUCGUAUGUGUGAUGUUUUAUAAAGUCAGUUACCUUUGUCUA